UCAGGUUUAUCGAUGAUUGAAGGUUUCAACACUGUCUCGUCAGUGAAUGAGGACUAUUUCACUUCGUUGUCACAUUAUGGUCCGGUCACAGCUUUGAGGUUCUACCAACAUUACAUCUUAUGUGGAUACGGUCCAGUUUUGAAACUUUUCAAAAUCGAGAAAAAUGAGUGCUCACUCGUAAACAGCCAACAGGUCUUCAAAAGAAACAAAAUCCACAGUAUUUCAGUUACCCUGGAUGGCUCUAAAGUGAUAAUUGCGGGUGCCAGGUCAUUUCUGGUGAUAGAGUUCUCUGAGAAAAAUUGGCAAUUUGUGGAAAAAGCUGUUAACGAGUGGAUAACUUGUGUUGAAUUUCUAAAUCCACAAACUGCUUUGAUUUUGACUUCACACAAUAUAGUCUAUAAAGUCGACGUUUCUGAUAUGGUAUUAUUUAAGUUUAGACUCCAAGAAAGAAUAGACUGCAACGAAAAGUCAAUUUUGUACAGCGGAUCCAUUCGAGUUGGUGAUGGUAAAGUUAUAAUAGCAGCUGGAACCGUGAUGGACGGAGUGAUAAUAUGGGACAUGAAUUCGUCCAAGAUUCUUCAUCGAUUAAAUGAUCACAAGGGUUCUAUUUUCGGGGUGAAGGUCAAUUCAAGCUUAAAACACAUUAUUUCGUGUUCUGACGAUCGGUCUGUCAAGUUAUACGACUUUGAAAGUGGUAAGUUCCUUGCAGAGGGAUGGGGACAUGGAGCCAGAAUCUGGAACUUGGAAUUCUACAAACAGAGUGAAAGUUUACGAAUCAUAAGCUCAGGUGAAGAUUGCACGGUCAGAGUUUGGCAAUAUGAAGAAGGUUCCGACCGGCUCAAACAGCUUGAGGUUAUUGAUGACUGUCAUUUAGGAAAGCACGUGUGGUCUUGUGACGUAGAUGACGUGCAAAAUAACAUGAUUGUUACAGGAGGGGCUGAUGGCUCGGUAAGGCUACAUGACUUGCAAGAAGUUGAUAACUUAGCUGAUUGUUAUAGUAUAGAAUCCAUCUCGAAGAACUUCGGUGUUGUAUUUGACAAAUCAGAGGUCAUCAAGAAUAUUGCUGAGAUGGACAACUUAGACUACUUAUUUGCGUUGACUUCACACGGAAAGCUCCUUUGUUUGGAUCAAAGUGUUUUGUGUUGGAAAGUCGUUGAACUAGAAGAGAACGAGUGUGAAAAGUUUUGUGGAUUUGCCAUAAUGAAGAGCAUACCAAGUGUUAACACUCUUGUUAUAUCUUCUAUAUUUGGUGAUACUCUCGUGAUGGACUUCAAUAGUUCGUCUAUACAGCCAUUGAACAAGACAUGGUUCAGCGGUCCUUCUGGAAAUAAAGUCAACAGUCUUCUUAUUACAGAAGAUCCAGCUCACAAAAACUUUUACCUUUUAUCUGACUGUCCAAAUACCAAGAUACCUUUUCAAGUUAGACAUUUCCGUGAAUGUGAUGGAAGAUUGAAAUUUGUGGAGGAGAUCAGAUUAGACCAGCCAAACCAACCCAAAUUCACAUCUACUUGUAUGAUCUAUGAUUCGAUAAAUCAUUGGCUAAUUGUGUACUCUAGGUUCACUAGUAUCAUGAUAUAUGAUUUGAACACCAAACAAGGGAAGUUGUUCAGAAAAAUCUGUGAUGGUGACACAAUCACAUCUGCUUCAGUGAUCGAAAAUAAACCCGGUUCUAUACACUGUCUUGCUGUAGUUAGAGAUGGAGUUUACUUGUACAUAAAAUUCACCAAGCUGGCAGAGUUUGAAAUUGAAAUUACCCAUGAAAACAAGCUCACCAGAGGAUUCAUAGAAGGAGGGUUUAUCAAGAAUAAGGAUCUUUACUUGUAUGGGUUCAGAUCCAACUAUUUCUAUGUUUGGAAUGAAACCAAGCAAUUAGAGGUUGCAAAAGAAUUGUGUGGUGGUUCUCACAGAUUAUGGGAAGUCUAUUUCCCUGGAAAAAAAGACAUCAAGUACAGAUUCGCUUAUAUCCACAAAUCCAAGUUGUACAUCAAAACUUUUAACAACUUUUUGAGUGACGACUCGUGUAGUGUGAUUAACAGUGGUACUCAUGGAAGAGAAAUCAGAGAUAUUGCAAUUUCACCAUUAGCGAACGAUGAUAACACCAAGUAUAUAAUGACGGCUUCUGAGGAUACUGUUGUGAGGCUAGGUAGGUUACAUUCUAAUGGAGAUAUCAAGUACAAUUGGUGCUUGAAUGAACAUGUUUCUGGAAUGCAGAGAAUUGGGUUUUUGAAUCACCAGUUUGUUGCCAGUUCGGCCGCCAUGGAAGAGUUUUUUAUUUGGAAGAUUUCAUGUUUGGAAGAUGGAACACCUUUGAUCAAGAAGUAUUCUUCCUUGAAGCCAGAGUCUGACUUUCCCGACUUGAGAGUAAUGGACUUUGACUCUUGUGAAACUGAAACUGGAUUUAUUAUUUCCACGGUUUACUCUGAUUCAGGUAUUAAGAUCUGGGACUUCAAUGUUAAUACCAAGGUAUUUACGUUAUUACUGAAGGGGUUCUAUACCACUUGUUGUUUGCUUCAAGUUAAGUUUCUUCGGUUCAACGACGAAUUACAUCUUUUAACUACCGCUACAGAUGGACAUAUUGCCAUUUGGAGAAUCGAAAAUCUGCAAAAAGAAUUAGGAAAUCCUAUAAUCAGGCAGCAGUUACACCAAAAUAGUAUCAAAGGCGUUAUUUUGGAUACUGUACAUGUAAACUUGCAUAGAUUGGUUACUGGGGGAGAUGAUAAUGCAUUGGUGCUUUCAACUCUCACUUUCAGGAAUGGAAAGAUUGAAUGGAGCUCCCAGUCGUUUGUCGAAGAUGCUGCUUCGUCGACCAUCACCACUAUGGCGUACGGAGGCGAUCAGAAGGUGAUUGUGACCUCUGUGGACCAAAUUAAUAGAAUGUGGGAUUAUAGUAGUGGAAGUUUGGAGUGUGUCUCUGCAAAAUACACCACCGUGGCUGAUACUGGAUGCUCUCAUACCACUGUGCUUGAAGACCAAAAUAUGUUGGUGGUUGGUGGUGCUGGAUUGAGUGUUUGGACAUGGUAGGUCUAUUAGUAGGUAGUAAUAAUUAAAAAUAUAUAUUUAUAAGAUUAAGAACUAUAGGCUCAACAAUCUCAAGUUGAAGACAGUUUCAUUGAUGCUUUGUUCCUCAUCAAUGAUGACCUUGUCCUUGUCAUCACUAAACUCUUGGAUUGGAAGCUUGGUGGAUUUGAGUAAAAUGUCGGAUUGGGUAUCCAAAAUGGUCUUAAAGUCAAUAGUAUCUUUGACCAAUUUGUACUCAACUUGAACUUCAUCAGUGGUGUUUAAACCAGCCUUCUUACGCAAUCUUUGGAUACGGUUGAUCAAUUCUCUAGCCAAACCUUCGCCUUGCAAUUCAGGGUACAAUUUCACAUCCAAGAUAAUCAAAAGAUCUUGGAAAGAUCUGACUUCAUGGCCUUGACCAGCCGCGGUGUCUGGCAAUCCACGAAGAACUUGCAAGUCUUCCUUUACCAAAUCAAUACCAUCAACUGUGAUCUUACCAGAUUCAGCAAACUCCUGAACUUCUUCAGAAGUCACGCUAGGUAAAGCAGCCUUCACUCUCUUAGCAUCCUUCUUAAGCUUCUUACCCAACACUGGCCAAUCAGCGACAACGGUGUACACAACCCCGUAUUUAGCUUCGUCAGAGGUGAUAACUAGGUUUCUAACGUUCAAUUCUUCGAGAAUGUAACCCUGUAAUGAUUCGAUAUCCUUCAAGUAUUCUGGAUCAGCAUGCAAGAUAACCAAUUCUUUCAAUGGGGUCUUCAAGGAAAUAGUCUUCUUUUCUCUGAUGUUUCUACCCAAGUCGAUAACCUUUUGCAUUCUUCCCACGGCUACUUCAAUCUCUUUAUUGAAUAAUUCCUCUCUGACGGUUGGGAACGAUAAGAAAUGAACCGAUCUAAUAUCUUUGUGCUUAGGAUUCACCACAAGAGAGUUCAAGUAGUCUUCUGUGAAGUAAGGCUUGAGCUUCAAGUAAAUGUUCUCAGCAAGGAAAGGGGUGAAUGGUGCCAUAGUUCUGGACAAAAUCAAUAAUCCUUCCACCAAGGUGUUAAGACCCAUUUGAGUGUCUUUGAUACCCUCAUUGGAGUAACCCUUGAUACGACGACGGUUGAAACGAAUGUACCAAUUGGUCAAAUCAUCAAUCAAACGCAACAAUCUUGGGACCACAGUAAACAAUCUGUAGCUGGACAUUUCCUCGUGAAUGAACUUAAUCAAAGACUGAAUAGAGGCUAACAACCAUUUGUCCAUAACAUUGGUGGAAAUCGAGGAUGGAUCGUAAACAAAGUCCACACCGUUUUCCUUCUUGAAGAUGUCAGCAGAAUCUUUGAAAAACUUGUAAGAGUUGUACCAAGGCAAUAAAACGCCAGAAACAAUUUCCCUGACACCUUCUUCCUUGAACUUCAAAGUUUCAGCUCUCAAAACGGGAGAAUUGAUCAAGUAUAAUCUCAAGGCAUCUGCACCAUAUUUAUCAAGAAUAACUUUGGUGUCAGGAUAAUUCUUCAAACGUUUGGACAUCUUCUUACCAUCAGCAGCCAAAACUAUACCGGUAACAAUGACGUUUUGGUAAGGAGCGGUGUUGAACAAAUGGGUACCCAAGACUGUCAAAGUAUAGAACCAACCUCUGGUCUGAUCCAAUCCUUCAGCAAUGAAGUUACCGGGGAACACAUCAUGGAAACUGUCCUUUCCUUCCAUUGGGUAGUGUUUGGAAGCGUAUGGCAUAGAACCAGAUUCAAACCAACAGUCAAAUACUUCUUCGAUUCUCUUCAAGUUACCCUUUCCCUUCUUAGAUGGAAUGACAAUAUCAUCGAUACUUUCACGAUGAAUAUCAGUUAUAUCGUCACGACCAGACAACUCCUUCAAUUCAUCAAUGGAUCCAAUACACACGAUUUCUUCGAAAUCAUCACUUACCCACAAAGGAAUUGGAGUACCCCAGUAACGGUUUCUAGAAACAUUCCAGUCUCUAGCAUUGGCAAUCCAGUUGGAGAAUCUUUUCUCCUUGAUGUUGUUUGGAACCCAAUGGGUUUCAUCAACGUUCUUCAACAUAUCUGGAAUAAUCUCGCCCACGCGUACAAACCAAGCUGGAACUGUUCUGUACAAUAAAGGAGUAUCGGAUCUCCAACAGAAAGGAUACGAGUGCUUGAUUUGGGUGCUGAGCAACAUGUUGCCUUUUUCUGUCAAGUCUUUGAUGAUAACUUUAUCAGCAUCCUUGACGUACAAACCAGCGAAAUCUGGGACUUGCUUUGUAAACUUACCUUGAUCAUCCACGGGGUUUGGAGGAGUUCUCUUUUCAGAAAUGACACCAGCCUUCAUAGCAGCUUCGAAAUCAAUUUCACCGAAAGCUGGAGCUUGGUGCACAAUACCAGUACCCGAAUCAUCAGUAACAAAGUCAGCACAGUAGACUCUAAAACCAUGUUCUGCAAAUUCCUUGACGAAAUAGUCGUACAAUGGGACAUAUUUAA